UAUAUUCGCGGGCGCUUGUUAACUGGCUCUCCUCGGACCCCCUGCAGCAUCUACCUCUACCCUUAUCCGAGGUACUACGUCUGGACAAGUCUUGUACUGCGUCGGCGGUCGCAGUCGGCAAUCAUCGUUUAUUUUUCCAACUAGGCAGGGGGGGACGACACCCAGGGGGCACCAACUCCAAAGCCACCUCUCUCUAAAUAUAGUGCGAACGCGCAGGGCGUGUGUGUGUCUUUCUUCACACGCCGUCUUGUCUUGGGGAUCAGGCAGGCCGCAUGCUCAAGGCACACAAGAGAAAGACCCGAAGAAUCAGCAGUGGGGGAGGGAGCGCCCGUAGCGUCUCUCCGAGGCCUUCUUUUGGAGCGGAGCCCGGGCGGCGUUCGGCUGCUCCAGGACGACGAAAGUCCAAAACUGCUCCAACGAGCCCUCUCGACGCCCCCGCCCAGACAACACAACAACAAGGGCUGGGGACGGCGCCUCUUCCGAAGCAGGAGCCAGACCGAGAGGGGAAGCAUUACUCAGAACGCACGCUAGCGAGCGGGAGCAACAGCGGAGGCGGCGGCGUCCCGGGCACAGCAGCAGCAGCAGCAGCAGCAGCAGCAGGAAGGCGCGACGGUAACGACAACAGCAGCAGGCACAAGGGAGGCUCGAGCGAGCUGACCAUGGCGAGCGUCUUCACCGAAUGGUUUCAAAAACUCUUCGCUCCCAACGACGAGGGCAAGGGCAAGGGCGGCGGCAGCGCGGGAACGCCGGCCGCUGCGGCGGCCGGCAGGACGGCUGACAGGGCGGCUGAUGCUUCCGGCGCGGCCUCUGCUGCCCGGAAGGUCGGCAACGAAAAGGGUGCUUCGGACGGAGACGAUGUGCGGUCUAACAUAACCUCUGUCGCAACGAGCGACGGCGCGAGACCCUCGUCCCCCUCCUCGGGACAAGCCUCCAGCGCCGCGGCGGCGGCGGCAGCUGCGGCUUCGUCUGCGGCCCAGCGGCAUCUGGGUGCUGGUGCUGCGGGCAUCGCCCCCGCGGAGACAGCGGGAAAGCAACAACACCCCUCUUCAUCCAACGAUGGUGAUGCUGCCCGGCCGUGCGCGCAAUCACCCGCUCCCACCGAAGAGAGCGCUCCUGCAACAAGCACCGCGGCAAAAAGCGCAGACGGCGCCGCCGCCCCUGCCUCCGCGGCCGCAGCAGGGGGAGAGCACCAGCACCAGCACCAGCACCAGCAGCCCGCCCCCAGCCCCCGCUUCCUGGGCAUAUUCUCGCGCGGAAGCAGCAGCGGCUCGGCCGGCAGCAGCAGCGGGAAGGGAAAGGAAGACGGCGGCGAUGGCGGUGGCAAGGCGGGUUCUUCCGCAGGAACCAGCGGUGCCCUUCCGGCGGCAGGGACAACGUCAGCAGCAGCAGCCUCGACGGGGGCGGGGGGAGCACCGGGAGCAGGAGGGACCGUGGUUGACGUCGCGCCGCCGGGCCCCGAUUCCGGCGGCGUCGGCGUCAAGCCCCCCGCCGCACCCGAGGAAGCACCGUCCUUCGGCGGCGGGGAAGGGCCGCUGCAGCAACCACGGCAACCCUUAACGGACAGGGCGUCAGCAGCAGAGGGAGCUGGGCUGGGAACGCAAGCUGUUGGUGCUGCGGCGGCGGGGGCGGAAGCGGCGGCGGGGGCGGCCGGGACUGGGAGGGAGCAAGCGAAGGCGACCGCUCCGCUUAGGCGGGAUGGCAGCGGCGGCGGCGGCGGCGGGGGGGGGAGGGGGGCGGCCAGCAGAUCGACCAGCCCGUCCCGGACGGCGGCGUUGAGCGUGGGCUCGGACGACGGGGAGGAGGAAAACCUGUACACGGCGGGGACCCACCAGGGCGCGCGGCCGUCGAUCGACGACUUCAGCUCGCUGAGGGUGCUCGGGAAGGGCUCUUACGGCAAGGUGGUUUUGGUUAGGCGCAAGAACACCGGGGUGCUGUACGCGAUGAAGAUCCUGAAGAAGGGCGACGUGGUCCGGAAGAGGCAGGUGGAGAGGACGAAGAUCGAGAGGAGGGUGCUGGGCAACGUGGAGCACCCCUUCCUCAUGCGCCUGCACUACGCCUUUCAGACGGACAACAAGCUGUACCUCGUGCUCGACUACUGCUCCGGGGGCGAGCUGUUCUUCCACCUGAGCCGGUACAAGCGGUUCCCGGAGGGAGUGGUGCGGUUUUAUGCGGCAGAAUUAGUCCUGGCGUUGAAGCACCUCCAUGACAACAACAUCAUUUACCGGGACAUCAAACCCGAGAACAUUCUCCUCGACGCGGACGGACACAUCAAGCUUGGAGACUUCGGCCUGGCGAAGGACAACGUGUCGGACUCGACGUUCGGGGCGCAGUCUGUGUGCGGCACGCCGGAGUACAUGGCCCCGGAGGUGAUCAACAAGGCCGGGCACGGCACGGCAGUGGACUGGUGGGGGCUUGGCAUGCUCAUGUACGAGAUGCUGACGGGCCUUCCCCCGUGGUACACGAAGGACAGGCAGAAGCUCUUCGAGCGGCUUAGGGGGGCGCCCCUCGUGAUCCCCAAGAACGUAUCGGCCCCCUCGGCAAGCAUCAUCGGCGGCCUGCUGACGAGAAAUCCGUCCAAGAGGCUGGGCACGCUCGGAGCGCUGCAGGUGAUGAACCACGAAUUCUUCAGGGGCCUCGAUUGGGCCGCCCUGCUGGCCAAGCGCAUACCGGCCCCCCUUAACCCCUGCCGCAACCAGAAACAGGGGUCCGAGUCGACGCACAACUUCGACCCCCAGUUCACCCGUAUGCCCAUCGACACGAUGGCCUUGGGCGGCGGGAUAGUCUCCCCGGGGCCGGACGGGCACUUCGACGGUUUUACUUACGAGGUUCCGGGGGUGAUUCUGGAAGGCGACCGGUGAAAAUUUGCGAAAUACAAAGGGGGGGGGGGGGGGAUGGGGGAAUAUUUGCGUUUGUUUGUUGUCCCUCAUUUUUGAUGGGUGUGCGUGUCUGCGCAUCCAAGAAGGGUGUCUGUUUUCUCCUCGCCGUUGCUCUCUGUCUGGCUCGUGGAAAUAUUACUCCACCAACCGCCGCCGCCACCAUCACGCGGGUGUGUUGAGCGCGUGUCCUGAGAAAACAACAUAAGAGGGAUCGAUAGACCAACCGGAACAAUACAGUUGUUGCUGAAGGGCUGCUGGCUCAACAGUGUCCUUUUUCAGCUGGAUGGUUUCGGCUGGAGUUUUCCUGGGUUGAAUUGCUGUUAGAGACGAUUUUUUUGUUGUGUUUGUUUGCCCGUUCACCCGAAGAGUUUUGUUUUUCACCGCAGAUGGAUGUGGUUUGGGUCGGCGGUGAUCGAUGAUUGUCCCUGAAGCUGAAGAAGAAAGGCUCGUAACAAAUCAUAGGAACCAAUGAACAAAUCCAACUCUUAUUCCAGGAGUGGUUUCCGUGUUCUCUUCAUACAGGCGUGGGUUGGAGGGGGUUGGAUGGGGGGGGGUACGUGCGUAGGUGAACGGGGUUUGCUUGCUUUGUCCGCCGACGCGCUCUGUACGUGUGCGUGUGUGUGGCGUUCAGAGCUGAGGAAGAGGUUUGGUAAGAAGUGAUAGGUGCUUGCCUUUGUGUUGCGACUUGUGUACGACGUGUGUUGGCGCUGUUAUACAGCUAGGGCUUCCUCCCAAGCUGGCAGGCUGUAUUACGUGUGAAAAGCUAUCGUUUGGCGACGGAAAGGCAGCGAGAGGUCGGGAAGGCAUCGGGUGUGGGGGCUUCCACCUGUCUGUCUUGAGGCUAUCCCUGGGGUGCAGCUAUGAAGCGAUGGCCACGCUCUCACCGAACGAAAGGCGGGUCAAAGGAGGGGUCGAGCAGUAGUCUGUUGUGUACUCAUACUUGUUGCUUUUCGAGCAUUUAUCGUCUCAUCUCUGCCGAGGGAUCCAGGAUCUCUCCGAGUUCAAGGAGGGCGACCUGCAACCGUUUUGAUGUUUUUUUUUUGUUCGGGAGGGGUAUUACACAUUUCCUAGAUAUGUAUAUGUCAUAAUCGACGCAUUUCGCUUGCAAUCAAGCAGAGACAGUGUCGGUUGCUUACCAUGGGCCAUCACCAAAGGAGUAAGGGAAAGGCUACUGGCCGACGUUUGGGGGGGUGCAGCAGCAGCAGCAGCAGCGGAGUGAGUGUCGACUGCAUAGCCUGUGCCCGCGUGUGGUUUGUUUUCAUCGUUGUUGGGGAGACCAGAAAAAGGGGACGGUUGAAGCCAUCGAUGUUUAUAGUCGUUCCUCCCUUUUCGUGCUCUAGUCUCUCUUGUCUCUCUUGCUCGCUCGCCGCGGGAAUUUUCCAAGAAAAUUCGCCCGUUCUGCGCGGCGUGAUUCCUAUCUUGGGAGUUCUCUCUCGGCUGUCGGAAAUGAAACUGUUCUUUGCUGAAUUCGAAGAACGUACCCUGAUGAGGCCGGGGAUAGCCAGGGAGGAUUGGGAAAAAGAAGGAGAAGCAGACAAGUCUCGAUCUAGCCCAAGGCGUGCUGUCGAUGGGUGGGCGGACCGGUGUUUGAGUGUGAGGCGUGGCGAACAGAUGGUAUUUGUUGUUGUUGCACAGCGACCGGUUGGUCUCGAAGCGUAUCAGCGCACGCGUUUCCCCGAACGGGCAAUAGCACGUUUAGUGGCGGAUAGGGGCAAGCGACUGCUGCUGCUGCUGCUGCUUCUUCGUGUAAGACGGCAUCGGAAACGUCUCGCUGUGACUACGCCCGUUUUGGACGCAAACGCCAGCUGCGGGCUUGCAGGGAGGGGUGUCCGGUCUUGUCGUCCAAGACGGAGAGAGGUCGUGACUCAUGUGCCGUGCCCGAAGAGGUUACGUGGGACGGAGGGGAGAGAGUACGUGCUGUGUUAUGUGUUGUUGGGGCGGUGGCGGUAGUGCUAUCUUGGGUGAUGGUGGUGGUGGUAAUAGUAGUCGAGGUAGUGGUUGCGUUGCGGCGGUGGCGGCAACGGCUUUGUGCGAUGAUUGGGUUUUGAAGUUGACGGUGUUCUUCCUUCCCUCUCAUCUCGGCCGCCGCGUUGUGGGCAAAGAAAACGAACACGCGCACAUGAUGAUCUCAGUUGUUGCCUGUCUGUGUGUUAUUUUAUUUUUAUUGUUCUGUUUGCAAACCUGGCCUGCUCCCCAGCAGCGAGACAGCAGAGUUGCGCUCGAAGACGCGCCAUCAUUUGCAUUGUUUAUUGUUGGAUGACGUUUCGAGAAUCCGCCACGUCUUAUGUUUCGGGCUGAUGACUUUCUCUCUGAAUUCGUGGGCAAGAUUUUCCACGCACGGAAACGGCAACCGGCGGUUGCGGCGGAAGUACGAAGUACCGAGGUCGUGGGAUGAGCUCGACGUGGUACGAGAACGCGGAGAAGUCAUUCGUUUUAACAUACGUCUACAAGUGUCGUGCCUUUGGGCGAGAAAAUUAGUUGCGCACUGCUUGCUGCCGGACGAUGUCUAACUAGACUCUGCCGCGAUUCUUCGGCUUCUCUUCAUCCUCGGUAGGUCCGCUCGAAUUUAUUGUCCCUGUUCGCUUUUGGGAUUUCUUGCUGCGGGAGGCGUUUUCUGUUUUGUUUUGGUGGAUCUUCUAGCGGUCGCUGUCUGUAGCCCGUCACGCGCAGCAGCAGCAGCAGCAGCAGCAGCAGCAGCAGCACUUGCGUCAGAGCUGGGGCAGCGUCGCGUCUCUAUGCUGGGGUGUUGCUCAGGGCGGCUAUUGUAGUUUUGGCCUGGGGAAGGACUCUCACGUAAGCGGUUGAGGGUGCCGUGUAUGGUGUCGGAUAUUUGUUCUGUCGUGCUGCCCUUCUCUUGGUCUCCGAAACGGGCCAGCUAGCCAGCCAGCGGUCGGCUGUGUCGCGCUCGCUCGAGCUUUAGGAAGCUUGUCGCCGCUGCAGCAGCCCGGCGCCUCGCCAAACGAAGCGUUGAGGGGUGGUUCAUUCCGAGUACUGCUGUACUCACUCGGUGUGACCUCUUCGUUCUUCAUGCAAUAAAAGACCAAAGUUCCAAUUUUUGAGCAAAUUCAUGACCA